AUGACGACCGAACUUCCCUACACCUGCAACACCUGUCUGGUGGCAUUCCAUCGCAGCGAUGCCCAAAGAGAUCACAUGCGCAAGGACUGGCAUUUGUACAAUAUGAAACGCCUUCUGGCCGCAAAAGCUAGUACCAACGAAGCCGCCGCCAAGGCCUCAUAUGAGAAAACAUGUCUUGCCUGUCAAAAAGCCUUCUUCAGCGAGAACUCUUACCAGAACCAUGUCAAGAGCUCCAAGCACAAGCAGCGUGAAUUAAGAUUGAGCAAGGAGGGAGACAAUGCAUCCGUUAUGAGCUCAACAUUUUCUCUCGGAGAUCCCGUGGAUAAAUCUCAAGAGAAUGACGUUUCCAAGGUUACUGAUGGCCUCCAAGCCGCCACUAUUGCUGAAGGAGAUGAAGACGAGGAAAUGACCACCGAUAAGGAUGAGUAUUCCUCUGUGCGCUGUCUCUUCUGCCGAGCAGACUCUUCAGAUAUUGAGAGCAACGUUGAUCACAUGUACAAGAGCCAUGGCAUGUUCAUUCCGGAGCGGGAUUAUCUCGUUAACCUGGAGGGUCUUAUCCAUUACCUCUAUCGCAAGAUCACAGAGAACCACGAAUGUCUCUACUGCCAUGCCAUCAGAAAUAAUGCUGCGGGGGCUCGAACCCACAUGCGGGAUAAAGGCCACUGCAUGAUUGCCUUCGAUGCGGAGGAGGAGCAGAUUGAGAUCGGUCAAUAUUACGACUUCCGCAGUACCUAUUCCGAUGGAGAAGAUGAUGAGGAUGAGGACGAGUCCAUGGAGGAGUCUGGCGGUGUCAAGAUUCCGGGAUCAGAUGGGGGCGAGGACGGUGACGCUUCAUCUUCCAUCAGGAAGAGUGUUGGUCAUCGCUCGCUCGCCAAGUACUAUCGCCAGAACUUGCACAACUACCCUACCGCUGAAGAGAGAGCCGAUCAUCAGCUUGCUAUUGAGAACGGAGAAGUCGAAGAGAAGGACCAGCCUCGCGGUCGCAACCAAAACCGGGCGCUCAUCUCUCGUGCUAACGGCGGUACCGGCAUGAUUGGUGCCACUGAAGUUCAGAAACAAGCGGCAUUGACCUCGGAACGUCGCGAGAGAACUCGUGCCCAAAGACACGAGAACAGGUACACUGCGCGCGUCCAGAGAGCAGCAAACAACCAAAAGCAUUUCCGGGAUCCCCUUCUGCAAUGA